ACCGUCUUCUCUCUCAUCAUCAUCAACAAGGCCGGCGGUCUGAUAUACAACAAGACUUUCCACGAAGGCGGCCUCAACAAAAUCAGCACAAACGACUACCUCGUACUAGCCGGAACCUUUCACGGAGUUCAUGCCAUCACCGCGCGGUUGAACCCCGUCAAGCCAGUGGCACCGCCCCCUACUCCCGGCACGAAUGAGCCGCCCAACCGCCCGGAGCCUUCGUCCGGGCUCGAAGUCCUCGAGACGGAGAACUUUCGCAUGCAGUGCUUCAACACUCUGACCGGCACCAAGUUCCUCCUCUUCACCGAGACCACGCAGACCAACGUGGACGUCACCAUCAAGAGGAUAUACGACUUGUACGCCGACUACGUGAUGAAGAACCCCUUUUACUCAUUGGAAAUGCCCAUCCGAUGCGACAUCUUUGACCGCAAGUUAUUGUCCUACAUCAGAGAGAUCAACAACCGGUGA